AUGUCUAAAACAUUGUCCUACCGAAGAAAAGAGGUGGUGCAAGGGAAUCCAGGUGCUGGAGAGUUUAAAUCCAGGUGGCCUGCACUUUUCCAGAUUGAUGAGAGGGUUGUUAAUUCAAUUAUUGUUGUUGAAUUUACCAACUUGACUUCUAUAUCAGAGAUUGAGGACAAAAGAACCAUAAAGCUAAUGUUUGAUUCUGGCCUGCUUAGUGACACUCCACCCCCUCCUUACUCAGCUCCUUCUACAUCGCGCUGUGGUGAUGACUCAUUACUUUUAAGUGGCUCAUUUGACACAGACAUUUUGUCAUCCCCUGAUUCUGCCACCUCAAGAUCAUCUGGAUGGCCUGUUGUUUUUGUUGUUCCCCGAUUCCCAUAUGAUUGUGAGCUGCAGUUGGAAAAAGCCAAUGCUGCAUUCAAAGCAACUGGAUCUUUGCUCGACCCUGACAUCAGACUUAAAACUGCUAUUCUUGACAGUUUAGCUGAAGCAACUGUGCAGCACAAAGUGUACCCCACUGAUAGUGAGUUUGAAGAGGCAGCAGAAGCCCUUGUAUCAUCACAUCCUUGUUUAAGAGAACCAGGAUAUGUUGGCUGGAAAGUUAGUUUGAAGUAUAAACUUGUCAACUACAGAAAGAAGCUCAAGCGGCUUGGAUGCCCAGAGGUCGAACUAAAUUCCUUAACAAAUAAACCUGCAGGCAAGAGCAGUCCUGCUUACGGUGUGAAGAAGCCCAGAAAAGCUGAGGUGAAUUACUGCCCCUCCUACCCAUCAGGUGAAUCUGCAGAGACACUUGAAAAGAUAAGAGAGGCCCUAAUUUCAGAGGCAAAGAAAAGGAACAAUGAGGACACAGUGGCAGCAAUGAUGGCCAAGACCUUUUCUCAUCGAAGGCAAGAAGUUCUUCGAGAUGCACCCAUGAUUGCAGUUUUUAAAACCAGAUGGCCAGCUCUCUUCAAUGUGCGUGAAUUAUGUGCUGAGUUCCAGAGGAUAACGACAGUCGGUUUGCUGCCAAAGUUUUUCUCCGAUCUGGAUGCUCACUCAUUAAAACUGCUCAAGGUCUUUGGCAAGAAGGGUGGUGCUCAGGGAAGAAAGAUCAAGAGCAUCCUGAUGCCCAUGACCCAGGAGGUAUUGUAUGGCAUGCAGGGUGUUCACCGUAUAAGGCCCUCCAAGAACACCGGCGUGCCCAGUGGAAUACCUGAUGUCAUACAUCUUGCCACUGGUGACUCCUUCAGGACCAUUGCUGGCAGCUUCCGGGUUAGUGUCUCCUCUGUCAGCAAGAUCAUCCCAGAUGUGGCCACUGCAAUCUGGGACUGCCUGGUGGAGGAAUUCAUGGCUGUGCCUUCCACAGAGGACUGGAGGUCCAUUGCAGAGGGUUUGAGGAGCGGUGGAAUUUCCCUCUCUGCUGUGGAGCACUGGAUGAGGAGAGAUGGGUCUUCAACUACCGCCUGUCCCGAGCUCAUGGUGGUGGAGAAUGCCUUCGGGAUCCUCUCUUCCCAGUGGCGGAUGUACAGGCGUGCCAUCGAGGUACAUCCUGAUGUUGCGCAGAAGUGCGUGAAGGCAACCUGUGUUCUCCACAACUUCAUGCGGAGGUCAGCAGAAGUACCUGCAGUGAGGGGAAGCAUGUCGGCUGGUGAGGUGGAGCCACUGCCAGGUCUGGGUCAGGUUGCAGCCAACAACUCUGCCAGAGAAGCCAUCCGGGUGAGGGAAGCCUUCAUGGCAUACUUCUCUGUGGAGGGAGUGGUCCAGUGGCAACCCACCAUGUAG